CUGCUCAUUGCAUUUAUCGUUGCAACGCUUGCGGUGGCGGCGUGCGGCACUGCCCCGGCGGCGGUUGUACCGCAGAUUAUCGAGGUUGAAAGGAUAGUGGAAAAGGCAGUUCCUGUGGAGACGGUGCGGGAAGUUGUCAGGGAAGUGCCUGUUGAGAAGCUGGUGGUGGUGGAGAAAGAGGUAAUCAGGGAAGUGCCUGUUGAGAGGGUGGUGGAGGUCGAGAAAAUUAUAGAGGUGGUGCGGGACCGAGAUCCCGGCUCUCUCGUAAUUUACUCAGGCAGAAGCGAAUCCCUGGUGGGACCUAUCAUAGAGCAGUUCGAGGAAGUUACGGGCAUCAACGUCGCGGUGAAGUACGGCUCGACCGGUGAGAUAGCUGCGACAAUUUUGGAGGAGGGGCAGAACUCACCUGCCGAUGUAUUCUUUGCGCAGGACCCGGGCGGUCUCGGCGAGGUAGCGAAUGCAGGCAUGUUCGAGACGCUUCCGACAAGCAUUACGGAGAAGGUUCCGACAUGGGCACGUUCACCUGAGAGCCAGUGGAUCGGCAUUUCCGGGCAGGGCGCGCGUGGUCGUCUAUAA